AAGGAGUUCACUAUUCCACAAUCUCCCCUCUUUGCUAAGCCCGUCACCGACCCUCGGUGUCCUGCAAUUCUCUUGGUUCAUUAGGGAAACUCAAUUCUCUUUUGACCCGCCAUCAUGAGCUCCAUGAGCCUGCGGAGCCUAGCUCCUGCAUCCAAGGUUUCCCGUGUUUUGAGGGAUCAAAGACGUCUUUUCUCAUCUUCAAGGCCCGCAGCCCGGAUAUGGUCCAACCAGCCUUUGCGCGCUAAGGAAUCCAAUGGCUACCUGACCGACAAGUACCCUAUCAUUGAUCACGAGUACGAUGCCCUCGUUGUCGGUGCCGGUGGUGCCGGUCUGCGCGCUGCUUUCGGUCUGGCCGAGGCUGGAUUCAAGACUGCUUGUGUUUCCAAGCUUUUCCCCACGAGAAGUCACACUGUCGCUGCCCAGGGUGGUAUCAACGCUGCCCUCGGAAACAUGCACGAGGAUGACUGGAGAUGGCACAUGUACGAUACCGUCAAGGGUUCUGAUUGGCUUGGUGACCAAGAUGCCAUCCACUACAUGACCCGCGAGGCUCCGGCCAGUGUUCGCGAGCUUGAGGGCUACGGUUGCCCCUUCUCGCGUACCGAGGAUGGACGUAUUUACCAGCGUGCUUUUGGUGGUCAGUCCAAGGAUUUCGGUAAGGGUGGCCAGGCUUACCGUUGCGCCGCCGCCGCCGACCGUACUGGUCACGCCCUGUUGCACACUCUCUACGGACAGUCCCUCCGCCACAACACCAACUACUUCAUCGAAUACUUCGCGCUCGACUUGCUGAUGGAGGGUGGUGAGUGCCGUGGUGUCAUUGCCUACAACCAGGAGGAUGGUACUUUGCACCGCUUUAAGGCCCACCACACUGUUCUUGCCACCGGUGGUUACGGACGUGCCUACUUCUCUUGUACCUCUGCCCACACUUGCACUGGUGACGGUAUGGCCAUGGUUGCUCGUGCUGGUCUCCCUAACCAGGAUCUUGAGUUCGUCCAGUUCCACCCUACUGGUAUCUACGGUGCCGGUUGCCUGAUCACUGAGGGCUCCCGUGGUGAGGGUGGUUACCUGCUCAACUCCGAGGGUGAGCGAUUCAUGGAGCGUUACGCUCCUACCGCCAAGGAUCUUGCCUCCCGUGACGUUGUCUCUCGCUCCAUGACUCUGGAGAUCCGUGAGGGCCGUGGUGUCGGUCCCGAGAAGGACCACAUCUACCUCCAGCUGAGCCACUUGCCCGCUGAGCUCCUCCACGAGCGUCUGCCCGGUAUCUCCGAGACUGCCUCGAUUUUCGCCGGUGUUGAUGUCACUAAGCAGCCCAUCCCUGUCCUGCCCACCGUCCACUACAACAUGGGUGGUAUCCCCACCAAGUACACCGGUGAGGUUCUGGAUGUGGAUGAGAACGGUCAGGAGAAGGUUGUUCCUGGUCUGUACGCCUGUGGUGAGGCCGCAUGUGUGUCUGUUCACGGUGCUAACCGCCUGGGUGCCAACUCCCUGCUUGAUUUGAUUGUCUUCGGCCGUGCUGUGUCUCACCGUGUUCGCGACACUGCCACCCCCGGCAAGCCCCACAAGGAGCUUUCCUCCGAUGCUGGUGCUCAGUCCAUCAAGGACCUCGACUUUGCCCGUACCGCCGAUGGCCCUAAGUCCACCUUCGAAAUCCGCAACGCCAUGCAGAGAACCAUGCAGACCGAUGUCAGCGUCUUCCGUACCCAGGAGAGCUUGGACGAGGGUGUCGAGAAGGUCAACAAGGUUGACCAGUUGUAUGCCCAGGUCGGCACCAAGGACCGCAGCAUGAUCUGGAACUCCGACCUGGUGGAGACCCUUGAGCUCCGCAACCUGCUGACUUGCGCUACCCAAACCGCUGCUUCUGCUGCCGCUCGUAAGGAGUCUCGUGGUGCCCACGCCCGCGAGGACUACCCCGACCGUGACGACGAGAAGUGGAUGAAGCACACUCUUUCCUGGCAGAAGAAGCCCCACGGCGAGGUCAAGCUAGGCUACCGUGCCGUUGAGGCUAACACCCUGGAUGCGGAGGAGUGCAAGCCCGUCCCUCCUUUCAAGCGUACCUACUAAGCUCGCUAUUUCGGAGUCGACCCGCAGAGAAUACGGAGGAUACCACGGAGUUGUUUCAGAUGGACCCUAUCGACGCCCUCUCCCAGCCUCGUGGUUUUGAGGUGGAACUAGGGCUUGUGGCGUCACAAGGCCCCGUUUCAAGGGGGAUUAUCUAUGAAAAAGACCAUUUUUUUUGUUGACUGUGUUACUUACCAUCCUGUAUAGCCAUAUUUUUUUCCUUUAUCUUAACAGGCGAAGAGUUGGUGUGCUGAGUGCUUUUACCCUCAGUUUGUCUCAUAUGAUUGGAUUUAUUACUUCUUAAUG